UAGAGAGUUAAACGAAUGGCACGUCGGCUCCGCUUGCAUUUUGCGUCAAGGAGAAGCAACACGGACCCUCUGUCAGAGAGCCUCAGCAGCCAUGGUGAAGAGAGUGGACUCAGUGUUUCAGCUCAAAGCCCCACAGAGAGUCUGGCGCACAGUUCUGUCCACUUGAAGGUGACUCCUCUGUCACCAGACGAUGGUAAUUUACAGCGUUACUCCUCAGUAUUCAUACCCAGGGUUAACACUGGAGGAUGUAGUAAAAAAAGUGUUCUGCAGAUUUCGCUGCAACCCUGUGGCAAGCUCAGCGGAGAGCUGGAUGGCAGUAUAGAGGAUGGAGAACCCGGGGGUGGUGAAGGAGGAGCAGGUACUGGCUCUGACGGAGGCUCGUGCAGCAGCAGCAUGGCCAGCGAUGCCGGGUACUGUAGCAGUAACAGCAUCUUUGAGCCAGAGGCUUCAGAAAAGCACAGGACCACCCAGGAGAGGAGUCUACUCUGCCGCAAGUCCAAGGUCCCGUUGAGACGGUGCUCCUCCUUGGUUAUAUUUCCAAAGAGCCCCUGCAGCACUCCACCUGCUUCCCCAGUCAGUCCAGUGGCUCUACCUGUUCUCCCACCAGCGAGGGGUUCUCAUCAGCCAUCUUUUCAGACAUCUGCCGGUGAAUUUUCACAGGAUGAUGAGGAAAUGACUUGCAAAGGGUCCACCACCACAGCAGUAAGUGGCCAUCGUUUCUCAAAAGGAAGCUGUUCAGCCGAGUUUAGAGACACCAAACACAUGGUGCAAUUUAAUAUUCCUUUACAGGAUGAACCAAAAUACAAAACAGAGGACAGGAGUAAAGUGAUGGAACAGCCAUUAACACAAGACAGAUUAAAUCGUCACUCUAGCAGCGUGCUGCUGCACUUUGCUCACCAGAGACCAAUUACAUCUGGGAAAGGAGCUACAACCACAGCUACAGUCAAUGUGGAAUAUCCUGAGGCUCCUUACCCAGCUGCACAUCCUGAGGGUGAACAGGACCCUUGCAAAAAACUGUAUCGUAGUACCUCUGCUUGUUUGUUCUCCUCAGCUAAACCAACAGAGAAAAAAGUUUGUUCAUUAGGAAAAGGUCAGGAAAGGCCUGAGGAAACCCAUUGUCAUCGUGCCAUUCAAAGGAGCUUUUCCCUGGAGGUGCCCUACCCAAACACUGGAAUUUCAUGUCACGUUUCAAAUCCAAAACUCAGUAGUCCUUGCUCUCCACAUGUGCACAUUCAUCUGACUCCUUGCUGCCCAGCUAAGUUGCCCAGCUCUGUUACUGAUGUAAACACAAGCCACAAAGGGAAUAAUCAGACACGUGAUGACUUUCUCGGACAGGUGGAUGUUCCCUUAAAUCAGAUACCGACAGAAAAUCCUAACACAGAAAGGCCAUACACAUUCAAGGAUUUUCUGCUUCACCCACGAAGCCACAAGUCCAGAGUUAAGGGUCAUCUGCGUCUCAAAAUGACCUACCUGCCAAAAAACUCGGGUUCAGAGGAGGCAGAUCAGACCGAGGACACAGAUCCUGGUUGGGAGUUUCUGGAGUCUCAGGACAUGUCUGGUCCCAGAGAAAGCCAGCUGCUGCCUGCUCUGCCCCCUGGCUGGGAGGAGCGGCAGGACAACCUGGGAAGAACUUACUAUGUCAACCAUGAGAGCAGAACUACACAGUGGCAACGACCCACAAUGCAGGACAGUGAUUUGGAGACCCAAAGAAGACAGAACAAUAACACGGAGGGGGAGCACGCUUUCAUUACACGCAGACAGAUCUCAGACCACGAUGAAAACACCACACGAGAGUCUCCUGAGAGCUGGGAGAUUAUUACAGAGGACGAUUCCACCUUAUACCACAGCAACAACCAGCUCACAACACCUCCACCUCACACGCCUGCGGAGUUCCACUCGUUCUGUGAUGACCUGAGAAGCAUUCACAUUACAGGGGCCACAGCUGGCGAGCAGCGCACCUCCCAGACGGAUCACGCUAAUUCAAGUCAUUCCAGUCUCAGAGGAAGUGCCCAGACUUCAACAGGAGAGGAACAUCCUGUUAAUCCAGUGCUGCUUCCAACCUCAACUGGGCUGCCUUCAGGCUGGGAGGAGAAGCGGGACAGUAAAGGAAGACGCUACUAUGUCAAUCACAACAGCCGAACCACAACAUGGACACGACCCCUCGUUCAGAGAACCUCAGAGGCAGCAGCAGCAACAACAGCAGCAGCAACAACAGCAGCAGCAGCAGAACAGAGUGGUGCUGGUUUAUCCCAGAGCCCCUCACCAUCCCUACCACCUGUGUCCCCCGACGAGUCUCCUCUGCACACCCCAAGCCAGGAGGCCACAUAUGAAUCUGGCUUCUUGCCGGCUGGUUGGGAGGUCCGCAGUGCUCCCAAUGGAAGACCUUUUUUCAUCGACCACAACACUAAGACAACUACCUGGGAAGAUCCCAGACUAAAGAUUCCUGUGCAUAUGAGGAGGAGACCCUCACUUGACCCAUCUGAUCUCGGCCCGCUGCCCCCUGGUUGGGAGGAGAGAAUCCACUCUGAUGGGAGGAUAUUCUACAUAGAUCACAACACCAGGACCACACAAUGGGAUGAUCCCAGAUUACAGAACUCAGCCAUAACUGGACCAGCAGUGCCUUAUUCCAGAGAUUAUAAACAGAAGUAUGACUACUUCCGCAAGAAGCUGAAGAAACCGGCUGACAUCCCAAACCGUUUUGAGAUGAAGCUGAGACGAAACGCGGUGCUGGAGGACUCGUACCGACGCAUCCUCUCAGUUAAGAGAGCUGACCUGCUGAAGGCACGACUGUGGGUGGAGUUUGAGGGAGAGAAAGGAUUGGACUACGGAGGUGUGGCCCGGGAGUGGUUCUUCCUCAUGUCCAAGGAGAUGUUUAACCCGUACUACGGGCUGUUCGAGUAUUCUGCCACGGACAACUACACUCUGCAGAUUAACCCUAACUCAGGUUUAUGUAAUGAGGACCACCUGUCCUACUUCAAAUUCAUCGGCCGUGUGGCAGGCAUGGCCGUGUAUCACGGCAAACUGCUCGAUGCUUUCUUCAUUCGGCCUUUCUACAAGAUGAUGCUGCAGAAGCCAAUCACUCUCCAGGACAUGGAGUCUGUCGACAGUGAAUAUUUCAACUCGUUGAUGUGGAUUUUGGAGAACGACCCAACAGACUUGGAUUUGAGGUUCACCAUCGAUGAAGAGCUGUUUGGACAGACUCACCAGCAUGAGCUGAAGCCGGGAGGUGCAGAGAUUGUUGUCACUAACGAAAACAAGAAGGAAUACAUCCAUCUGGUGAUGCAGUGGCGGUUUGUGAACAGGAUACAGAAACAGAUGACUGCCUUCAAGGAGGGAUUCUUUGAGUUGAUACCACAAGAUCUGAUCAAGAUCUUUGAUGAGAAUGAGCUUGAGCUGCUCAUGUGUGGUCUGGGAGACGUGGAUGUGAACGACUGGAGAGAGAACACAAAGUACAAAAACAGCUACUGCUCCAACCACGUAGUUAUCCAGUGGUUUUGGAAAACGGUGCUGCUGAUGGAUGCAGAAAAGAGAAUCCGGCUUUUACAGUUUGUGACGGGCACAUCCAGGGUCCCGAUGAACGGCUUUGCGGAACUCUACGGGUCUAACGGGCCGCAGCUGUUCACCAUCGAGCAGUGGGGAACACGUGAUAAACUGCCGCGAGCCCACACAUGCUUCAACCGACUGGACCUUCCUCCUUAUGAGUCCUUCGAAGAACUGAGGGAGAAACUUCACAUCGCCAUUGAGAAUGCGCAAGGCUUCGACGGGGUGGAUUAAAGCUUCUGCAGUAAAUGAUCUGAUUUAUCAUUACUGCCAUCGGAGUAAAGCCAAGCAACAUGAUGUAUGUGGUGAAGUUGAUUGAGAGGAAAAAAGCUGUGCGUCAGACUCGGGUCUUAACCUGCCAGCUGUGUGACAGAUGAAGGACAGUCACACAACCUUCACUUUGGUCCUGUCGUGGGUUACACAUGGACAAAGGACGUUAAAUCUGGAGUGACAGAGGUGUUUAAUCACUCCGCGUGAUCUAAAGUUUACAAAUCAGCUUCUCUUCUUAUUUGAUUCUUUAUUGUAAGUCGUUCAAAAGUGUAUUCACUCUUAUUUGUUCUGCUAAAAUGCUGAAUAUUUAUAGAACUCAAUUCUGUGAAAUUACAAUAUUACAGACAUUUAUGUGAAAGUUAUAAAUAACAAAAACAUCUAACGUUAAAGAACAUUUGUUUCAUUUGGGCUGAAUUGCCUCAGAAGCUUCUCACAUCAAGUACUUGUGAGAAUUUAUCUUGAUGUUAGUGGGAAAUGAGUCAUGUUGCUUUUCUUUGGAAAUCCAUGAACUUUUCCUGUCACUGCUUGUAAGUGAUGUAAAGAGCGAACCAUUGGUCAGAGCACACUACGGUUGAGUUAUAGCCUGGUUUCACACAUUUGAAUCACUGCCCACAUCUCUGUUUUUUAGCAAUUCAAAUAAUAUUAAUUAUGUGAAAUUAAGUGGCAAUCAACCUUCUUCCCCUGUCCAGUUCAAUUCAACUUGAAAGUUAAAGUAAAGCGAACAAGUCCAAAAUACUUUUAAACAUGAUAUUAAUCCAGUUGGAAUAAUUUUAUAAGUAAAUGUCGUCCAGAGGUUUGAGAAUCAAUAGAUGAAGGCAACAGAUAUGUGUGUGUAUAUGAAGUAAACAGCAAAACAUAAAUGACAAAAUUGGCAAUUCAACCUAAAUUAAACUGAUGGGAAGGUAUUUUCUCCUCCCAAAUUUUUCUAUUAUUUAAGUUUUAUACAUAAUUUUACAUGUUUCAUUCCAGUAUAUUAGAAACACUGAUGCAAGAAAUCCUAAAUAUAUGCACCUCAAAAGCAUUAGUAGCAGAAAAUAUACAAGUUUGAGCGACUACACUUAAACCAAGUGUAUCAAUGUAUCAGUUAAUCAUUAUAGUAGUGAUGUACCAAAACCAGGACCAGUAAAAGGCUAAACUAAUUAAUAGUUCACAUCUGUGUAGUCCACAGAUGCAAAGACUACAUGCAGUGUUAGAUUGUGCUAAAAUACUAUGCAUAAUUAUGUAAAUAUAUAGAGAGACAUAAGAUGAGAGUUUCUCAGUUCUUACAUAAAUAUAAUGUACAUAAAAAUAAAACUUUGCCUUCUACGAAAUGAUGAAGCAUUUAUUGUUAAAGCUGUUAACUCAGUUUUUAACUCUGAAAAAAAAGGUUAUUGGUGCACCUCUACAUCCUUUUUGUGUUGCAUUUAUGAUCAGUAGCCACUCGUACUCAAGUUUAAUAUCAGCUGUAUACGUAUCAGAGGAAGGAAUAAAUGUAUAUACACAUUAUAUCUUCUGGCCGGUAGCGUACAGAAUCAUUCAGUUUGCAUACAGUAUGUGAAAUAUUAUGAAUCGUUGCCUUUUGUCAAUGAGUGAUAUCAUUUUGUUUUCUUCUACUCAUCAUGGGUGUCUAAUUGCAGGACAGUGCUCUAUUUUUAAGAGUGCAACUUUAAAAUUUGUUUUUUGUUGGUUGUCGAAAUUGUGUACAGAUUAUUCUCUGUUUUCAAACUGAGUAAUCACUUGUAAUACCUUUUUUUUGUUGGAAAGUAACUGUACUCAAGCAGUAGAUUUUUAACCAUUUAUUCUUUUCUGAAUGGUGAAACAUGUGUUUACACUACCUGCCAUGUUUACAGGUUGUUGACAAAGGAAGAUGUUGUGGGCCGGUUCUUGUCUCUGACAACACAGUUUUAUACUUAUGCUUUUAUAAAGUGAAGCACUUUGUUGAUAUUGACAAGUCUUACUUCUGAACUGUCUGAAUCUUUUGCCGAUCUGUCACCUGCAGACUGCUUAAAUCGCUCUUUGAGAAAAUUAUCCUAUGCUUCAAGUGCACAUGUGUUUUUAAAUGUUUACAUGUGAACAUCGCUGAAAAUAAGCACAUUCUCUUCUUUCACUUAUAUUUAAAACUGAAUAUCGAGGCCUUUGUAAUGUAUUGUAGCCUUUGAUUGUGUUUAUUGAUGUUCUAAUCUCCAAAUGGAAGUACUGUUAUAUAUGUAUCAUUGUCUAUUGAAGAAUAAUUAAUACAUCAACACUUAAUUUCCGAUAUAUCAAAUUUUGUUAUUGUAAAAUUUUAAUUGUGACACCUAUAAGUGCAUUACAACAAAAACAUACAUGCAACAUGUGUAUAUACAACAGUUUAAAGGCUGGAAUGAAUUGUAGCUCUUAAAUCCCAAUUUUGAUUUGACCUAUAGCACACCAAAUUAAAUAAAAAUAUAUUUGAAAAAUAAAGAAAUCUAAAAACAA